CUGUAACCGAAAACUGACCUUUCAAACGAGCAUCAAUCUAACUGCAGUUGUUCCUUGCUGCAUGGACGAAUAUGAAGUAACGUACAAGUGACAAGAUUUUCAUAAAUGAGAAAUCUACACCUUCUGGAACAUAAUAUCUCUGAAUAAUACUUGCAGUUUUUCCACAAUAUCCGACAAUCAAAAUGGCACCAACAAGAAUUCUCUGCACACAAAGCAAACCAAGUGGAACUGCAGUUCCAAUGAGAAAAGGUGUGACUACUCGUAAUUCUGUGACGAGCAAUCAACUACCUAAACAAGCAGUAGUAAUUAGGGAAACCAGACUUAAACGAAAAGCCGAUGCUUCUCCACCCAAAGACAAAACCGUUAAGCGUUCAGCUCUAGGAAAUAUUACCAAUGUGACCAAAGCCAUUGGUAAAACCUUUACUCAAGUUAAUGAGCCAAAGAAACUUGUGAAAAAAACAAUUGUCACACAAACCAAAACCACAGUCACAUCCAAAAUUCAUUUAUCCUCACAAACAAUUGGUCUUAGAUCACUUGAUAAAGUUUUAGUUAAAAAUGACAAUGCAGCACUCGUCAAGACAAAAAUACAGCCACGUGCAACAAAAUUUGUCAAAAAGGAUGAGGAGAAAUUGGAAAUUCCCAAAGUUGCUGCAUUAAGACGCAGCGUUGACUUAGAAAAAUCCGAGGAUAAUUCUUUAUAUGUCAGCGCUUUAGAAGAAGUUUCUGAGGAAAGUUCCAAAAUGGUGACGAGGAGUAGUGUUAAACAAGCACAAGGAAAAGUGGAGAAAAAGGAGAAAGCAGAAGAGGCGGAACCCAUUAAGUCGAUAGAAGUUGCUCCCGUAGAAUUACGAUUAAAUGCACCGCCAGAGAGAAAACUUCCGGAAGGUGUUGAAUGGGAUUUCGAUGGUGAAAAUUGGUUGGACCCAUUCCAGGUUUCACACUACGCAAUGGACAUUUUCAAUUAUUUGAAGGAAAGAGAAAUGAUUUUUCCAAUUGGAGAUUAUAUGGAGAAGCAAAUUUGUCUUUCGCGAUGGAUGAGAUCGUUAUUGGUAGAUUGGAUGGUUGAGGUUCAAGAAUCAUUCGAACUAAAUCACGAAACUUUAUAUUUGGCUGUGAAAUUAGUUGAUCUUUAUCUAACAAAAGUGACUGUCGGCAAAGAGACGCUGCAGCUUCUUGGCGCUGCCAGUUUAUUCAUCGCAAGCAAAUUUGACGAAAGAAUACCUCCGAUGGUGGAAGAUUUUCUGUAUAUAUGUGACGGCGCUUACACGCAAAAAGAACUCUUAAGAAUGGAAAUGAAUAUUCUCAAAAUUGUCGAUUUUGAUCUUGGAAUUCCUCUCUCGUAUCGAUUUCUUCGUAGAUACGCUCGGUGUGCAAAAGUUUCAAUGCCAACUUUAACAUUAGCUCGUUACAUCUUGGAAUAUUCCUUGAUGGACUACGCAACAAUAAUGUUCAGUGACAGUAAAAUGGCAGCGGCUGCGCUAUUCCUCGCUCUUCAAAUGAAGGACUUGAGUGGCUGGACAGCGACUCUUGAAUUUUAUACCGGUUAUGCACUGGCCGAAUUAAAAGAAGUUGUCCUUGCACUAAAUGAAGGACUACUUAGAAAACACAAAGAAGCCCUAGCCACCGUUAGAAACAAAUACAGUCAUAAAAUUUUCUUUGAAGUUGCAAAGGUGCCAUUAAAAGAGGUGUUGGAUAUAUAAAUUCCCCACACACACUGUAAGUAUUUUUUGAAAAAAAAACUUAGAACGCGAAAUUAAUCACAUUGAUUGGUAAAGCGCUUGCUCAUUAAGUUGAAAAUUACGAACGAAAUAAAAGGAGACAAGCGAUUUGGACGAAUUAUCUACUGACGAGUGUAAACUCUUUUGUUGUGAUAAACGACUAACGCGAAUUGAGAAAUUUAAUUUUAACUAUUAAUAAAAUAAAAAUCUAGAGAGUAUGACUGAAGUUUAGUUAACAGCUUUGUGCGUAAUUUUGGAAAUACGGUCGACAAGGAUAAAGUGAUUUCUAUACAAUCUUUUUUUUUAUUUACUAUUUAUAUAUAUAAAUACCAUUAACGUAAUCAUUUGCAGUCUCAGUAUUUUUAAGCUAUUUUGAAUUUUGUUGAAAAUUUAUUUUAGCGCCACGCUUUUAUUCUUUGUAGUACAUUUAUCUUCUUUUUUUUAAUUUUACAAUUUCUUUUAAUUUUUUUUUGUCGCCGUUACUUAUCCACUCGCUAGUUUUCCGAAAUAUGCAAACUGAGGUACUAAUUUUUAUUAUUGAAAUCUUUUCAAAUGAUAGUCUAUUAUGAAAUAAAUCAGUAAAAAAAAUCGAAAAAAAAAUUGCCGUUUUAGAUUACAAGUGUGGCGCAUUGUUAUGCAUUUUUGUUGCACUUUAUACAGACUGAUAACGGUGAAUAUUAAAAAAAAUCGCGAGCAAAAAUUUUUUUACAAUGUAAUAUCUUUUGUGUAAUAUUAAUCAUUUGAUUAACUAUUCUUUAUUAGGAAAAAAAUAAAAUGUAGUCUAGUACCAGUUCACAUUAAAAUGUAUUUAUAUUAUUAAUGAAAUAGACUGAUAUUUGACUGCAUA